CGAAGAAGAGAAACAAAACAGCAAGAGAGUUCUUUAUUAAUAAAGAUUCGUUGACUUGAAUACAUAAAUGUCUUCCAAUAUUUCAGUAGGAAUCCUGCUAUUUUUUCUGUUCCUUGUUGAAUUUUCGAGGUCUGACGACUGCACUCUUCCUGCACAGAUGACAACUCUGAGCGGCUCCUGUCUGCUGAUCCCGUGCACCUUCGGCCCUCGUAAACCGAGCUCUGGGGCUGUUGGAGUUUGGAACAUUGGCUUUCCAUUUCAGACCCAAGUAUCCAGAGGAAAUACAUCACUAAAUGGCUGGUCAAAAGUCCAAGUCAGCCUUCUUGGGGACGUGACACAAGGAAACUGCACCACGCUGUUGAAAAACUUGAGCACUUCAAACACAGAAACAUACUAUUUUAGGGUUGAAAGUGGCAACUUUACCUACAACUACACAGAAGGAGUUCAGAUUGACGUGUCAGGCUCACCGAAUGCCCCUCUGCUCAACUCAACGAGUCCAGUGAAUGAGAACUUGAACAUCAGUUUGUACUGCAGCUCUCCACUGUCCUGUCCCACACAACCUCCCAUUCUGACAUGGAGUGACACUCUGAACGGGACGGUGCUCCAGAAUAUCACCAGCAACAAUGGGAGUCAGUCCUUGUCAUCGCUGCUGACCUUUAGAGCUUCAUAUGAACUCGACAUGAAGAACAUCAGCUGCACAGUGUGGUACCCGGUGGGGACUGAAAACCGCAGGGUGUCAGCGAGUGUCCUUCUUCAAGUCUGGUAUCCUCCAAAGGAAACUACUGCACACAUUUAUCCUGCAGCUGACAUCAUGGAGGGAACACAAGUCAUACUGAGCUGCAUCUCGGUUAUAAACCCAUCUGGGAACUACACCUGGUUUAAAGGAAACAGAUCUGACGCCACCAGAAGAGCAGCCGGGCAGAAUCUGAGCAUCUCAGCGGUGACACUUGGUGACAGUGGGGUGUAUUACUGUCAGGCAGACAACCAGUAUGGAGGAAAAAAUUCAACAGCCGUGACUUUACGUAUACAGCCCUCACCACUGAACACCAUUCUUCUUCAUACAAUUAUUGGAAUUGUUGCCUCCCUUUUCAUACUUUUACUUGUGGUUAUUUUAACUUGGAGAAGGUGUAAGAGGGUCCCAAAAACAAGUGAAAAUGGAACCGAAAUAAACUUAUCCAGCCAAACCCAGAGUUCAUUACCAGAAGGGCAAGAGAACGGCUGUUAUGAAUCUUUACAAAGAGGGCAGGUGUCAAUCUAUGAGACUUUAGAGAAGAAAUAAACUUGGGCUGGAAGUGCAAAUUAGUGCAGCAGUUUAUUAAGAAAACAACGUAAAUGAGAGGACCUGCUGUUUGAGUCGCCAUUUGGCCUUCUGAUUCCUGGGUUAAGGUGUCACUUCAUUUUAAAGAACUUCGCUUAUUAAACUGGGGCCGCCGUUUCAGUUCACCUCCUGCCUGACACUGACAGACACUCAACUGCAGCACCAUGAUGGUGACGUCCAACAGCAAACGUGAGCCUUCACACUCUGGGGUGCCACUUGACAUGUGCUGCAGUGCUUUAUGUGGACGUCAGUAACAAUAAACAGAAUUAGAAUUGUCUGCAUUUAUCAUUGCAAGUCUUCUUUUAAUCCUUUUCAUUUUAGCUAGAACAUUAGAAUAUUAGAACACUCUGGACGAAA